AUGUCGACAGUAACAACAAUUGACUUGGUGUUGCCUGAGAUUGAGGUGCAUUUGGCAAGCUCCAGCAUAGAUGGCCAACUGGUUCUGAACCUCAGGAGUACCCUGGUGGACCCUGUUGUGAAUGUGGAGGUCAUGCGAAGAGGCCUCCUGAGGUGGCUUGAGGAGGAUAGUCCUGAACUGGACUGCGACAAGAGUGAGGCUUGCACCAGCCAGGCUGUCUAUGUCUCCAAAGCUAAGAAUUUCCAAAUAGAGGAUGGCAGGCUGGAUUCUGGGGUCCACAUCUUUGACUUCCACUUCAGCUUUCUUCCAAGUAUUCCCACCACAUUCACCAGCAAAACCAGCUAUGCUCAGGAGGACUGUGAUAAUUCAGCCAUGUCACAUUCGGUGCAGCGAGGAAGGCUGUCCUCUGGGUUAAUGACCACACUGGUGGUGGAAGGUAGGAAGGAUGUAACUUAUUUCUGCUGCUUCAAUCAUGGCUCUGUGAUCCUUUGGAUUUCCCUGGAGAAAAACAUAUUUUGCCCUGGUGACACCAUUGUCUUCAUGACAGAUAUUGCAAACAGGGCAUGGAACUAUGUUAGAAAGAUAAUUUUUGCUGCACACUGCAUUGCGUGUAUAGUGGCAUGA